UCGAAUUUGCAUGCAAAUCCGGAUAUUUUUGAAUCCGCUCUCCAGAGUGGAAAUUUUUGAAUCCGAUAACAUUUCAGAUACGUGUGGACGGUCGAAUCCGGAUAUUUUCUAAUACGAUGACGUCAAAAAAUUGGCGCCAGUGUUCACCGCAAAAAUUUAAACAUGACGGACGAUCGAAGGCAAAUAACUUCUGUGAUCAUUUGGCUUAUUUCCUCUAUUUUGGCAUGUAUGGAGCUGAAUGUCGCUUUACUAAAUGCUAAAAUAAGUUAUGCCAGAAGGCGGCUUGAUAUUUUCAAGCUAUUUUGUUCGUUAUCUACUGGGCAAAACGUCCGGCAGAAACAACUUAAACGAGCAGGAAGACAACACCGUCCUCGACGAUUUUGGGUUAGACCUGGACGAACCAGUGCCUGGUGGGAUAAUUUUGUCAAUCAGAUCGUGAUUGCAGAGGAAUGGCGAGAAAAUUUCCGUAUGAGCAGAGGCUCCCUAUAUGAAUUAGCUAAUGAGCUACGACCUUAUAUCGAAGGCAAGACAACAGUCAUGCGUGCUCCAGUAGAUGUAGUAAAACAAGUAGCAGUAACACUUUACUACUUGAGCGACGAAGGUCGAAUUCGAAAAACGGCAAAUGCUUUUGGGUUGUCAUGUCAAGUUGUGUCUAACAUCAUCCGUAAAGUAUGGAAAGCCAUUACUUUUCACCUUGGUCCUCGGUAUAUCAAGCUUCCUUUUACAGAAUCCGAAGUAAAAUGUCUCGUGAAAAACUUUAACCGAGCACAUGGUUUCCCUCAAUGCAUUGGAGCUAUUGAUGGAACUCAUAUCAAAAUCAAACAGCCAAAUGUCAAUUCCACUGAUUAUGUCAAUAGGAAAGGGCGACAUACCUUGAAUGUGCAAGCAGUUUGUGACUAAAUACUGUUUUUUGGAUGUAGUUGUAAAAUGGCCAGGGAGU